GCUAAAAGUUGACGUGCGUGCUUCCGGUUUUGAACAGUAUUAAGGAUGCAGUCGUUGCGGACAGACGGAUUCGUGGAUUGCUACGAUUCCAUGUACAGGCUUCUCUUCUAUGGUGGUGGCACCACCUUUCGUUUGGGUGAUGGUGGAACCAAAUCAACCCUGCAGAGAGUCAUCUAUGCGUUCGGUGUGCGUUUCUGUCUACUUUUUGGCUUCCUGGCUGGAAUUUAUGUUAAGCUGACCGAUCCGCAAAUGUCGCAGGCGAUGUUUAGCCACUUGUCGCCGCUGGUCAAGAUCAUCUUUACGUGGGAGUGCAUCUCCUGUAUCAUCACCUACGUAAGCUACUGUAUUUCGAUGGACUCGCACCGCUCCCGUCAUAUUAAAUUGUUGAUCAGCAUGCAGCUGCUGGACACGGAGAUAUCGGCAAAGUUUGCACAUGUCCGCUGGCGCUAUAAUCGCAGUCGCUCCAAAUAUUUGUAUGGCACUUUUGGUAUUCCCUGUGCCUAUGUGCUCAUUUCACUGGCUCUCAUGUUUGAUACGACUCGCUGCGACUGUGGCUACGUGUCCACAGUACUAAUUGCAAGCACUUACUCCUUGAUAACCAGCACUAUCGGGGGGGUUGGCUUCAUACACAUUGCCCUCAUGGACUAUCUGCGCAUACGCUUUCGUCUAAUCAUUAAGCUGGUGGGUCAGCAGUAUCAGGCAGCUGAAAAAACAGCUGGAGUCGAUUCGAUUGAGCUUCAGCGGAACAUGGAUAAGCUUUUUCAGUUCUCUAAGCGCUGCUCCCAGCUCUUAAAUGAUUUGAAUGACGUGUUUGGGUUUGUGGCUGCCGCUGGAAUAUUCUACGACUUUACGCACAUGACCUGUUUUGUGUAUAUGCUCUGCCAGAAGAUGCUCGUCCAUGAGCCGUGGGAUACACAAUAUGCAUUCCUAUCGCUGCAUAUGGUCACGUAUUUCUACAAGCUGCUAAUUACCAGCAUCUACGGCUAUUUGCUGCAACGUGAGAAACGCAACUGCCUGCGUCUGCUGAGCAACUAUGCGGCACAUUUUGGCAAUGUGGCGAGCGCACGGGAUCAGGUGGAGUGCUUUCAGUAUUGGCGUAUGCACAAUAAGCACAUAGCUACCAUUGGCAAGAGUGUUCCCAUCAACAUUUCCUUGAUCUACUUGUUCGUCAAUGCAUUGGCUAAUUACGUAAUUGUUCUGGUACAAGUGCUGUUCCAGCUGCAAGCUAAGGAUAUUCAUCAGGGACACACGAUCCCAGUACCCAAGGAUGUGGAGUUAAUAAAAUAACAACGACAACAAUACCCAAUGAA